AAUAUUAUAAUCUUAGGUAUCAUUAAAGCAAAUGAGUGAACUUUAAAAACUAAUUAUGUGGUGCAAAGGUCUGGAAGCCUGCAUAUUUUCCAAUUCAAGUAUAUGGCACAGAUAAGGGAUAGGUUAUCUUUGUUUAGUGUAAUAACAGAUAAGGGAGCCAGUCCAGUCCCAACUUCAGCACACUUUAGGCCAAGAUGUUAGAACAAGGAUCCAAAGAAUUCCAGCAAUCUGUUUGCGAAAACUUCAACACCAGUGUAAAACAGGUCGAACAGGAUGUGGAAACCCUUAGAGAUUGGCUAAAAAGUCAACCACACCUACCUCAGAGUGCAAGUGACACUAUGCUGAAAGCCUACAUGAUAGGUUGCAAAAACAGAAUGGAGCAAGUGAAGCAACGGUUGGACAACUACUACACGGUCCGGAAGGUAAUGCCAGAUAUCUUCGAAGAAAGGGAUCCCUUGACUCAUUUAAUGAAGGAAUGUAAUGAAGAAAUACAUUGGUACACACUGCCCAAACUGACACCAGAAGGAUACAGAGUGACUAUGGGGAGAAUUGUAACUGGAGACUUAACAAAAUACAACCUGAUACAAUUCACUAAAAGAUUAUUAAUGAUGGAAGACAUCAAAUUAAACCAAGAAGCUUUCUACAACGGAAACUAUUUUGUAUUUAAUGCAGACAACUAUGUGUUGGGUCAUGUACUGAGACUGACCCCUCACAUAGCACGGGAGCUGAUGUACUGUGUACAGGAUGUGUUGCCAAUGCUGAUAAAGGGAAUCAUCUUCAUAAAUGCUCCUUCAUACUUGGAUUUACUCCUAAACAUCAUGAAACCAUUCAUGAAGGGCAAGUUAUUUCAAAGAAUUCAUGUACACACGGAAGGCCCUGAAAUACUGGAGAAGUACUUUCCAAGAGCGUUGCUACCAAAAGACAUGGGCGGUGAAGAAGAGACCUGCGACACAUUGAACAAAGCUUGGGCAAAGACCAUGGAAGACCACAGAGACUGGUUCCUAAGUGAGGGCUUGCUCACUUCUGAUGAAAAGAAACGGAUUCCAAACAAGUCCCCAGGAAAACUGAAAGGAUCCUUAGACCUGCAAGAACUUCAAGGUUCCUUUAAGACACUCUGCAUUGAUUAGUGUCCUAAUCUUCUUCUCUUGUAAAUUAUCAUCAAAUUAUUGUUAUACAAAUAAGAUUUGUACACAAGUAUAUGUUUAAUUAUAUUUUUCUACUAUUUAGUGA